AUGUCGUCCCGCCGCAGAAGAGCGGCCGAGCCCGCGCCGGAGGAGGAGCAGCAGGAGGAGGAGCGCGACAACGAGGGUCUGCGGUUCAACGAGCCAUUGUCAUGGCGCGCUGGCAGGCCGAUACCUACAGCAGAGCUGCACAAGCGACUCGACACGCUGGCCAAGGAAUUGGCAGAGCUGGAUCAGGACUGGGAGCACAAGGACUCGUUGACAAAGGUCGCAAAGGAGCUCUGCUCCGCCAACAUCCUGGGCCACAAGGACAAGGGCGUCAAGGCGUACGCUGCUUGCUGCAUGGUGGACAUCCUGAAGAUCUGUGCACCCGAUGCGCCGUUUACUCCAUCACAGCUCAAGGAUAUCUUCGCUCUUUUCAUCAACCAGACUCUACCCGCCCUACAAGAUCCGUCAUCUACUUGGAACAAUCAACAUAGAUACGUUCUCAUCUCCCUCUCCGACGUCCAGAGCAUCCUCCUCCUCGACGAGAUACCCAACAACGAUGAGCUUUUUGUACGUUUGUUCACCGGCUUCUUCGACACGGUCUCCGGGACCAAAGCACCGACAGGCGAACUUGUCGGAAAGGAUAUCGAGCACUACAUGACACAAAUAUUGGAAAUGUUGAUCGACGAGGCCACUACCAUUCCCUCCAAGGUCAUCGACAUCAUCAUGGCCCAGUUCUUGCGCGCCGCAGCUCCAGGAGCUGGCAAGGACAAGAACGAACAAGCCAGCCGGGAUGAGAACCAAACAACACUCCUUCUCAAGGAAGAACCCGCUGCCUACAAGAUGGCGAGAUCUGUUUGUGUCGAAAAUCCGGAGAAGAUGGCGAGAUUCGUGGGACAGUACUUCAGCGACGUCAUCAUGGAAGCUUCGGGCUUGGCUGGCAGCAACGGCCACCGAGCGGCAGACUCGGACGACGAGGACGGCCCAGCUGGGCCAUCAGAAGAUGACCUCAAGGAGCUCCGGAAGGCGCACCUGCUCAUUCGGGAACUCUGGAAAGCUGCGCCGGCAUCUUUGCAAAAUGUCAUCCCCCAGCUUGAUGCGGAGCUGUCGGCCGACAACAUCGGUUUGCGACAGCUUGCGACAGAAGCCCUAGGAGAUGUCAUCUCAGGCAUUGGGGCAGCUGGCCCCCCACCCCCGCCAGCGCUGGACCCUGCCGCAUACCCCUUGUACAGGAUGUCGGAUUUCGACACAGAUGAUACCCCUUCAAAUCCCCUAACAACUCCCUUUUCUCCAAUGUCCUUCGCGCAGACAUACCAUCAAGCUUACCUGAACUUCUUGAGUCGCAAGAACGACAAGUCCCCCAUCAUUCGGGCCUCCUGGACUACAGCUGUGGGUUACAUUCUGUCCACAAACGCUGGAGGGAUCGGGUUCAACCGGGAGGAUGAGCGAGCUCUCGUUCGUGGUCUGGGAGAAAAGCUCAAUGACAGCGAUGAGAAGGUCCGUUUGGCUGGCGUGAAAGCCAUUGAGUCUUUUAGCUUCCGCGAUCUCAUUCUCAAGCUAGCAUCGGAUGGUGGCCUGGAGAAGGAGAGCUCGAUCCUGUCUAGCCUCGCCGACCGAUGCCGCGACAGGAGGCCACAGGUCCGUGUUGAUGCCAUGGCGCUGCUAGGGAAGCUCUGGGCUAUAUCAACAGGCGAAAUCCUUGCCGGCAAUCAAGUUGUCGUCGGUGCUCUGUCAGCCGCCCCUUCGAAGAUCUACAGCUCCUUCUACGCAAAUGAUCUAGAAGUGAACGUACUUCUUGACAGGGUGGUCUUCGAGUGUCUAGUUCCCUUGUCUUUCCCACCUCCUAAGAAGAGUUCGAAAACCGCAAACGGAAGCUCUCAGUCGCAAUCGCAACAGGGAGUAGCUGGCUACGACCAGGACGCUGUCAGGGCCGAGAGGAUACUGCUUCUGGUUCGUUCACUCGAUCAGAACGCCAAGAAGGCUUUCUUCGCCAUUCAAGCCCGCCAGCCACAAUUUGCCACCAUACUCCAGACUUUCCUCAAGGCAUGCGACGCGUACAAUGGCGGCGUCAUGGAGCAGGACGAGGAACGCAAGACGAAGAACCUGAAGAACACGAUCGAUUACAUCACCCGGUUCUUGCCUGAUGAUGGAAAGGUCAAGUCAGAGCUGCUCAAAUUCGCAAAGGCGAAUAAUUCGCGGAAUUACCAGCUGGUCAAGUUUAUCACUGGUCCAGAGCACGACUUCAAGACGGCCCGAAAUGCUCUGAAGGAGCUCAUCAAGCGCCUGCAAGGCGCACAACUCUCUGGCGUUGCUGAUGUCCUGAUACCCCUGCUUUACAGGUCGGGGUAUUUCAUGUUCAACCGCAGCCAUUUGUCUACCAUCUUGGAUUAUUCCAGGACCGACCGAGAUGGCUUUGGUGCCACAGCACAUGAGAUUCUGAAUGAGAUAUCCCAGCGCACACCAGACCUUUUCAAAUCACAUAUCGGAGAUCUCUGCAAAGACCUUGCGGAGAAGGCGCCGACCGCAACACAGGCGAACGAGCCCUCGGUUGUUGAAACACUCAAGGCUUGCGCUUCAUACGCCCGGAAAUAUCCAGCGGAAAUCCCCAAGGACAAGAAUUUUGUGCAAAUGAUGAUCAAUUUUGCGCUCUACGGUACGCCUUGGAAGGCGGCCAAGUACGCAGUAAAUAUUCUUCUGGCAAAGAAGGACGAGACCGGUCUUCUAAAUGCCACCAGGCUAUUCAAAGAAGUCAUGAAGCAGUGGAAAUACGGGGCUCCCCAUUUCCUCAACAAGCUGGCAAUAGUCUCUCAGCUGGAAAUUUUGGCUCCAAAGGUCACGUUGGACAAGGACCAGGCCAUUCUCGAGAUGAUCCAAGACAUUCUGAAGCAGGUACGCACCGAUGCUAAGGACAGCGAUCCGGACUGGGUCAGCGAUGCGGACAUGGACGAGGAAUGCAUUGCGAAAUGCCUGGCCUUGAAGAUCCUUGUCAAUCGGCUGCGGGCCGAGGAGCAGGAUCGUGGAGACGGCGAGGCAGACCUGAAAGAGAGGGCGAAGCCUGUGUUCAAGAUGCUCAAGACCCUGAUCACGAAGGACGGUGAGAUGUCCAAGAACAAGGAAACGCCAAGUCACCACAAGGCGCGUUUGCGACUCCUCGCGGGCCAGUUGGUUCUCAAGCUCUGCAAGGAGAAGCAGCUUGACGACCAUCUUCCACCAGAGGACUUCAACGCGCUUGCAUUGGUUGCACAGGACGCCCACCCGCAGACUCGAAGAGCAUUCAUCGAGAAGCUCCAGAAAUACUUGGUACAAGGCAAGCUCCGCACAAGGUUUUACACAAUCAUUUUCAUUACAGCAUAUGAGCCCGUCACAGAGUUCAAGACCAGGGUGGAGACAUGGAUCCGAUCAAGGGUACAUCAUUACGAGUCAACAGGCACCCCUGUUAUGGAAGCCAUCAUGCCCAGGCUGCUGUCGCUGUUGGCUCACCAUCCAGAUCUGGGCCCUGCUGAGGAUGACCUGGUUGACCACUCCCGCUACAUCGUCUACUACGUCAGUACCGUGGCCAAUGAAUCAAAUCUGGGGCUGCUAGCUCGCUAUGCAGAGCGUGUCAAGCAGACAAAGGAUGCCAUUGAGCCGGAGAAAAGCGAAAAUCUCUACAUGGUGUGUGACCUGGCGCUGGCUGUGAUCAGGAAAUGGCAGGAGAAGCGCGCCUGGACAUUCGAGGCCUACAGCAAGAAGACCGGGCUGCCGACAGGCUUGUUCCUUGCCCUUCCGAACCACGAGGCUGCGCAGAAGCUUUCUGAGCAGCAGUUUAUCCCCGAGGGCAUUGAGCAGCGGCUGGACAAAGUUUUGCAGUCGAUGGACCGCAAAAAGAAGCGCAAAUCGAUGGACGACGGGGGACAACCCCCUGCCAAGAAGGCGAGAUCGCAAAGCAAGACCGCUCAACCAAGAUCUAUCAAGUCAAAGAAACAGACCACCCUCAAGAAGACAGCCGCAAAGUCGAAGACGUCGAGCAAGCCCAAGAAAGUCCGCGCCUCGCCAGAAAUCCCCGAGUCGGAACGCCGUCGUAGUGGGCGCGCCGUUCCCAGGAAGAGCUCAAAUUACGCGGAGCGAGAUGAUGACGAGGAUGACGAGGAGAUGCUGGAAGGUGUCGCCGAGUGGGACUACGAAGACGGCGAGGAGGGGGAGGAGGGAAGCGAUGACGAUGAGAUCGAGGAAGAAGACGAGGUCGAGGUCGAAGCAGAGCCCAUGGACGAAGACGACCAGGGGCAGGAACCUGCAGCCGAGGAUCAGGAUGGCAGCGAGCUGUCCGAAGCUCCAGAAGAGGAACCAGAAGCAGAAGACGAGGCCGAGGUGGAGUCAGAAGAGGCAGAGGAAGCAGAGCCUCCUGCCACGAACGGCCGACGCAGUGGCAGGAAUUCUGCGGCGAAGGCGAAACCGGAACCGCCCAAGAAGCAGGCGCCGAAGGGCAAGGCCGCUGCCGCUGCAGCUCUCCCGACCAGAGGCAGGGCAGCGGCCGCGGCCGCGACAGCCAAGGCACCGACGAGAGCCAGCGGCCGGUCGAGGAGGGCGAAGGAUGUAUUUGAUUCGGAGUGA